CCCAAUACAAAGCAACAUAACAUAAAGCUCACAGAGUCAAUGGAGAUAGAGUCAGAUUUGUAUAAAGGUAUUUAUGUACAGAAAAAAUAUAAAGGGCGAUAUAUCUAAUUUUUCCUAUUUUCUAUUGUCUUUUCUUAGCUUCCAAACAUGGCCUCAGAGCGGAAAGGCACCGUCAAAACCCUAACGACGUUACGUCAUCUGACUCGUCGUAUAAAUUCUUACGGUCCCUUCUGCUUCCCCUUGUGAAGUGCUACACCUUCAGUUUCUAAUUUCUACUCUCUGCUUCCUCGGACUUCGACGUUCCAGGUUCCCUCCAAAAAAAAAAGGAAAAAAGGAAAAAGGUUUUACAUUUGAAGCUCCGGAAUAUUGGCUGAGAGAUCUGGUUUGCGUUUUUGUUACUUUUUCAAGUUAUUGUUUUCCUCCGAUACAUGGAGUCCGAAGUUUGUGUGGACAAAACUAGGAAUGGCGAGGACCCGUUACGGGAAAAAGCUCCCCUGGCGACGAUUAACGUCAUGAAAGAUAAGAAUGUUGAACAAUCAAAAUUAGAAGUGGCUGAUGGCAAAGCUACUCUUGGGCCAAUUACACCUGAUGCGGACACAGAGAAUGUAGAAGUUAUGGUUGAUUCCAAGUCCCCUCUGAGUUGGGUCUCAUCUUCCCCAAGAACUGAUGAGGUAACAGGUUCUGACCGUAGCCCAAGGACGCCGGAGGAAGGUGUUUUUGACCCAUUUGCUCCGGGCCCAGAUGAGUUGAUGUUAGCCCCCCGGUGUAAGAAAUUCUUGGGGGAGUCCCGGAACCAAGUAUUGAGAAGGCUGAAUUUUGAUUCUUCAAUUAGGCCUACGGAAAUUGCAAAAGUAGUAAACGGAGUGGAGGAAUCUACUUCACAAGAACAGAUAUUCAUGGAGAGGGUUUAUGAAUCCAUUUUGGAAGCUAUUGUGUCACAGCAGGUGGAGGCCCUUGAGGGAGCUAUUGCAGAGACGACCCUGCCUCUGGAUACAGAUUGUGACGGUUUUAGGACACCAAAAUCUUUACCUCUUUUGAAUGGUGUUGCCGAGACCUGCCCAGCUGCACCUAUAAAGCCCGCGGGGAAGUCGAGGGCUAUUGAUAAAGGGUUGUGUCGGAAGCUUGAAUUUUGAAGUAACUUUGCUGGAAGAAUUCGCCAUAGCUCUACAGCAAUCUGAAGUCCCGAGUCCUCCUGACUUUGAUGGUAAGCCCCCGUCUGUACAUUGCUACACUUAACCUCAAAACGUUAUGACCGUUUUUGAAUUAAAUAGUCUUUCUUCAGUGCUGGAUAUUUUUCGAUGGGUUAAUUGUUCUUGGUCCCGGGUUUUGUAUCAUGGCCAUCUAGAUUAUUGUAUUAUUGUAAAUUUUAUUUUGGAUUAUAAUGAAAUUUUAGUUCUGGAUGUAAAAAGAUUUUGAUUAUUGAUAAUGGAGAAUUUCGUGCCA